AUCGAGCACCGGUGGAGUGUUAGCGUCAUUAGCCUUCUGGCUAGCAGCUCUGAGAAGAUGGCAUCCCCGGACCAACCUGACCACCAAAAUCAGAACGCUGCUCCGGCCAGAGAAGACGUGCCUCCAAGAGAAGCGCUGAUUGCCACGGCAGUCAAGUUUCUACAAAACCAGCAAGUUCGUCAAAGCCCCCUGGCGACCAGAAAAGUGUUCUUGAAGAAAAAAGGUCUGACUGAUGAGGAGGUUGAUCUGGCCAUCCAGCGGUCCGGUAGUACAGAGGAGCCGCUCACUGUAGCUGUUCCCGGGCCCGCGCACAUCGCUCACCCUGUUCCACUGGCCCCAUACAGUCCCUCAGGUUACAGAUGGAGAGACUACAGUGCCCUGGCUGUCAUCUUGGCAGGAAUGGCCUUUGGCUUCCAUCAUCUCUACCGGAAAUACAUCCUUCCCCUCAUUAUGGGCAGCAAAGAGGACAAGAAGCAUCUGCAGCGGAUCGAGAGCAACAUCGCGGAAAUGAGUGGCACGCUGACACAGACAGUCACCCAGUUGCAGAUGACCCUGGCUUCAGUGCAGGAGCUGCUGGUCCAGCAACAGAAGAAAAUACAGGAGCUGACACAAGAGCUGGCUAACUCGCAGGCCUCAUCUGCCACCAACUGCAUGCUGGAGUCUCAGAGCAUCAGUGAACUCAAGGCUGAGAUUGUAUCUCUUAAGGGUCUUCUUCUCAGCAGGAGACAGUUCCCCGCUUCACCCUCCGUUCCCAAAAUCCCAUCCUGGCAAAUCCCUCUCAAGCCCGGAUCGCUGUCCAACCCGCCCUCAGUCAACCACACCAACAGCAGCAGCGACAUCUCGCCCGUCAGCAACGAGUCGGCCAACUCCUCCCCCGUCAAAGAGGGCAACAGCUCCCCGUCCGGCUCGCACUGCCUGAACGGAGACAUGGGCCUGGGCUCCAUUCUCCCUCUGGACCUGAAAGACCAGGUCCGUAUGGAAGUCCAGGGUGAGGAGGAGAAGAAAGAGGACGAUGAGGACGAAGACGAGGAUGACGACGUGACCCAUGCGGAUGAGGAAGACCACCUGAGCGUGCAGACGGAGGACAGGAGAGGAGGCGACGGACAGAUAAACGAGCAGGUGGAGAAGCUGCGGCGUCCAGAGGGUGCGAGCAACGAGAGCGAGGUCGAUUAGAAAGAAACUCCAGACUUCAUCCGUCCAUUGGCUUCUCUCGGUUUCCUUAGAGUUCAUUCAAGUUCUGAUAUCACACCCUCGUCGCAGUAAAACGGCUACCGUGAGCAUCAUUUAACACUAUGAAAGCGGCAGGUGAGGUGGAUUGUGUUCCUUUCACUGCAGUUCUUUACCCUUUUGACUUUUCAACAUGCAAACUUUCAACGUGCAAACCAGAGUGAAGGCACAAACCUUCUGCAUGCCUGAACAAGCACAGCAACAGAAAUUUCUGGAAAGACGACAAGAGAAUUAGGACUUUUUCUUUUGCAAUCCAUACAUUUCCCCUAAAUGCUAGCUAGCUGUUUUACUAGAGAUUGUAGUACUCCAAAAAAAGCCCAUUUAAGUUGCUUCUAUGCCAUUUCUUUUGUUUUGUUCAGCAGUAAACACUAGUUUACACACAGUCCCAGCAUUGUUGGAUCAGACCUUGUAAUCUGUCGUAGUGAAUCAAUUCUCCUUCAGACGUGUAGUACACCGGGCUUCAGCAGUCUGUGUAACAACGAGUGAUGGUGGAUUUGAGAUUUCUGUGGGAGAAAGAAAGAGAGAGAGGGCGAAAACGCGUAUGAGAAUGCAGACAAUGAGGCGAAAGAGAAAUGUGUUUGUCUUGGUCGUAUCUCUCCGGUCUCCAGCAGGGUAGCUGAUUUGGUUUAUGAAGUAUGUUAAUAAUCAAAUGAUCGAUAAAUAACAGAUGUAUUAGUUCAUGCGGCUUGAAAUGUCAAGGAGGCUAAAAUCGGAAAUCUAAUACUGAAAGCCUGUUAUAUUGUAUUAUAUUACAUGACAAACCCUCCAGUCCAAAUUAUAUAGGCCUCCUGCAGUGAAUAAUCUUAACAUGAAACGGUGCUGGGGUUUUGUAAUUAAACUGUGUAAAACAAUGGAUGCUUCAGCGGAGGUGCUGACAGUUGUGCUUUUCUCUUUGGGGGCUUUUCUCUCAGAAAGUCCUGAGAGGAU